AACGAUCCCAGUAAUCGCUGAGAUUUUGGAUGUGGAAAUUCUUUGUCGACAUUGUGGAACUUUUUUGAAGUGAAAAAAAUGUCUUUGGAUUUGACCCUGGACGCGGGCGAGGAGAUGCGUUUCCUGAACAAAGUUAGUCGUUUGGUGCGGCGUUUGGAGAAGAAAACCCAUUUCACGCACCGGGAGUUGGAGGUUUGUCUGUUGAUCUACUACAAACUGACCAAGGAUGAGGAGGACAACAAGGGGCAUGUUUCCCGGCAUCAGUUGGACGUCCUGUUUGAUAGCGUUUUCGGGAUAUCUGAUAGCGAAACUGUUGGAAGGAUUUGUACGGCGCUGGACAAAAGUGUCACGACCUUUAUGAGUAUGGAAUCGUGGGUCAAAAUGUUGUCGUUGUUCUUGAAAGGAACAUUCGACGAGAAGAUCGAGCACUGUUUCCGAGCUUAUGAUAUCGGCGGAGAAGAGUUACUUCGGAGAGAACACAUGAUGAUAUUGUUGCGGAGUUGUUUCAUCAAGCACCAAGAAGAGGAAGUCGAAGAAUCGGUUAAGGACAUGGUCGAAAUUCUUAUCCGUCGAAUGGACGUUGAUCGAGAUGGAGCCAUUUCCUUGGAUGACUUCCGACAAUCCGUUCACAAGUCACCAGAACUUCUAGAGUGCUUCGGCCAGGCACUUCCAGAUCGGGCCCAUGUAUACGCUUUCUCUAAAACCUUCCUCGACCAGUCGGCUGAGUUCUAAUUCGUCCCCUCGUCAACAGUUACGUUAGCAAAAACUCUAUAAAAAGUAAUAAAACAGUAUGCAUUUCGACUUCCCCAAA